AUGUUCAUUGGAUCAGGUACUUUUUGUUCAUUUUUCAGACUUUUUCAACAGAUUUUCUAGUGAACUCCCGUUCUUUGACCGAUUUGGUAUGUAAAAUAAACCCACGACGAUGCGAGGAUUUCAAGGGAAGUGUCUCACGGCCUCGGCCUUCCGAUUUCAUUGGUUCGGAUUCUGAAUAUCCUCGGAUAGUUGGGAUAGGAGCGCCUUCUCAGGCGGAAUUUGAACGAUGGAACAGUUAUGAGGAGACUGCACAAGGGACCGGGUUCCUGAGACCAGAAGCCGGCACGAAUCCCGUGCCCUACGGAGAAGGUCAAUUCGACUAAUCAGUCGUUCUCGAAGAAGUUUGUAAGUUUUCAAUUUUCAGGCCUGGGAGACAUUGGAAUCUACACAGGCGUGGGCGUCCAACACCCGUUCGGCGGCAUCGGAAUCGAACGGAACUUCGGUAUUGGAAUGGGCGGAAACGGGCGGAUCGGAGGGAUUCCAGUCGGAUGGGGCAACGGCGGAACCAGAACUGUUGGAUCCGCGCCAUGGGCUAACCCAUAG